UUCAUUCAUUGCGGACUGUGCUUGACUGAAACAGGCUCGUCUUAUUUUGCCGAGUGCUUCGUAUUUUUGCUUUCUGUUUAGAGGCUGUUGCGUGCAUAAGUACAUUUGUUGAGUAAAUAACCUACUCGAACGCAUAGAUAUUUUCCUACAUUUGUUUUGACUGCAAGACUCGCCGGUUUUCCUCUGAACGCAACCUCUCCACUCAAAUAAUGGAUUUGGUCUGGAGCCUGUGCUUCGUUGGGAGUCUCGGCGCUUGGUUUGCUUCUGCAGAAAGGCACAGCAUAUAUUGGAAUAACACAAACAGCAAGUUCCUAAGGGACAGCUAUGCGGUGGAGGUGCGUCUGAACGACUACCUGGACAUCGUGUGCCCCCACUACCCGCUGGGCGAGGUGGCAUCGCAGGAUGCUGAGCGCUACGUGCUCUACAUGGUGGAGCGGGAGGACUACGACGCUUGCAAGCCUCAGUCCUACGACCAGAUGCGCUGGGAGUGUGGCCACCCCUUCGCCCCCCACGCUGCUGAGAAGUUCUCCGAGAAGUUCCAGCGUUUCACCCCCUUCACCCUGGGCAAGGAGUUCCGUCAGGGAGAGAGCUACUACUAUAUCUCCAAACCUCUGCACCACCACGGACAGGAGUGCCUCAGGCUCAGGGUAGACGUCGUAGCUACUGAUGGUUCUCAAGAGGCCAGGGUUGCAACUGGAGGAGCUGCAGCUUUACCUGGAGCUGAGGGUGGAGCACACAACCCCUCCAACAGGCUGCCUGCAGAUGACCCAGUGGUAAUCCUGCCAGAGGUCCAGAAAAGUGUGCGGACAAAUUCGUCGGUGUCAAAGGCGUCCUUCUCCAUCCUGUCAUUGUUUGUCCCAGUCUUAUUAUUGCUGCUGUUACAGUGAGACUACAAAUCUCAUAGACUUGGAGGACAUACAAUGAAGUUGGGUCUGUGGGGAACCACAGGCACAAAAGACAGUUCUCAAAGCCCAAAGUGCUGGUCACUGGGAGAGGGACAAAUUUGAGUCUCGUAAGUACGGAUGGACACAUGCACCAAGUGUGCCGAGUGAGAAUUUGGUUUGAAUUUUGUGGGAAGGCACUGAGCUUUCUCAAGAUUUUGUUCUCUUUAAGGUUAGUGUUUUGCUCUUCUCCUCCAAAAAAAACCAUAAUUCAUUUUGGAAAAGUGCGGAAGAAAGUUUUGAAGAGGAGCAUAAAUGGACGAAGAACAAUCACCGACGACAAAAGCUAAAUGACUUUCUUAUAUGGACAACUAUUUGGAUUUGAUAUGAAUUUGUGUUAGGAAAAAAACUGCAUUUAGUGUUACAUCUUCUCUAAGCUUUUGAGCCAAAGAAUACAGUGAUCAUCUCUUCAGUAUUUAACUAUUCUAUUCCAACCUUGACUAUUGUGUUCUGUUUGUGUUAUUGUACUGUAAUUGAGUGGCGCUAAAUGUCCUAGUGAUUCUUUCUCAAUGUAGCAUCGACAAAAGCAGGGGAUGUGUUAGCGAACUAUCAAUGUUCCUGUGCAGACUCGACCAUGUGCUUUCACAGCACUAACCAUACAGCACAACAACAACAGACAGACAGACUGACUGAUGCACAGACUGACUGACAUCACAAUACAGACCCAUGACAUAGUAGACACUGCAUGGAAAGGAAAGGUAUUGUGUACAUUCUGUGAAAAAUCAUUUGUAAAAGUUUGCAGCUGAAAGAUUGACUGUAUACAAUACUGUAUGUUUAACAAAUGCUAUGCUUACUGUUGGUAAGUGAGCUCUCUCUGAGGGGGGGGAAGAGUGUUAGAAUUAGUGUUUCAGUGAGAGAGAAAGUGUGCGAGGGAGAGCUAGAGGUCAAAUGUAAAAAGGUAAAUGUUCAAACUGCCAAAAGCAAACACUGAUACAGUACAUUGUGUGAAGCAGUGUAAGGCAGGCCUUUUCUGUAUGUCAGAUCAUGCACCCGUACCGUUUAAACUGACAAACAAAAUAAACCAGACUGAACUAUGCUCAUCACAGUACUUGCCAGAGCAGUGUUUCACUAUGCAACACUGUUCUCUACUUACACUAAAAAGUCAACCAAGUAAAAAUGUUUAUAUUAAAAAACAGUUUAAAUUUGGUUGGUAAUACACUAUAGUAUGUGGAUUUGGCUAUUUCAGCCACACCAGUUGCUGGGACGUUUAUAAAAUCGAGCACACAGUCAUGCUCUAUAGACAAACAUUGGCAGUAGAAUGGCCUUACUGAAGAGCUCAGUGACUUUUAACGUGGCACCAUCAUAGAAUGCCACCUUCCCAACAAGUCUGUUUGUCAAAUUUCUGCCCUGCUAGAGCUGCCCCAGUCAUAAAUGCUGUUAUUGUGAAGUGGAAACAUAUAGGAGCAACAACAGCUCAGCUGAACAGAACCGCUGUAUCGUGCAAAUAUCAUCUGUCCUCUGUUGCAACACUCACUACCGAGUUCCAAACUGCCCCUAGAAGCAACGUCAGCACAAUAACUGUUCGUCGGGAGCUUCAUGAAAUGGGUUUCCAUGGCUGAGCAGCCGCACACAAGCCUAAGACCACCAUGUACAAUGCCAAACGUUGGCUAGAGUGGUGUAAAGCUCUCCACGAUUAGAGCAGUAGAAAUGCUUUCUCUCUGAUGAAUCACGCAUCACCAUCUGGGUUUGGCGGAUGAAUCUGGGUUUGGCGGAUGCCAGGAGAAUGCUACCUGCCCCAAUGCAUUGUGCCCUGACCUCAACCCCAUCAAACACCGAACCAGGCCUAAUCGCCCAACAUCAGUGCCCGACCUCACUAAUGCUCUUGUGGCUGAAAGGAAGCAAAUCCAGGGCAGCAAUGUUCACACGUCUAGUGGAAAGCCUUCCAAGAAUAGUAGAGGUUGUUAUAGCAGCAAAGGGGGGACCAACUCCAUAUUAAUGCCCAUGAUUUUGGAAUGAGAUGUUUGACGAGCAGGUAUCCACAUACUUUUGGUCAUGUAGUGUAAUUUACAAUUUGGUUGUAUUAUAAUGUAAUUUGCCAGUCAGGGUUAUACUGCUAUGGUAAUAUUAUAGGCCUA